UUUUUUUUUUUUUUUUUUCACUCUAUUGACAGCAGACUAUUAGUAUUUUACUUAGUAGUUUUACUUAUUCUUCUACGGUUGGUUACAAGAUGGAAGACAAAAGAUACUUGUUGGAUACACCGCUCCAUGGGAUUUAUAUUCCAGUUGGGCUUAUAUUGUUUGGUACCUGUUUGUUUGGCUUUGAAUACCUUCCAUAUAGUAUUACGUUUGUUGUAAUUGUUGUUAGUUUUAAAUCGUAUGAAGCGAUUAAAAGAAGAUCUUCCUUAGAUGCAGUUAAAUGGAAUGAUUUUGAAUUGAUUGAUAAAACAAUCAUUAGUCGUAAUUCUGCCAUCUAUCGUUUUAAAUUAAAUCGUGACGAUGAAAUCUUAGAUAUUCCAACUGGACAUCAUGUUGCUUGUUGUUUUGAAGUUGAUGGUAAAGAUGAAAUUAGAUAUUAUUCUCCAAUAUCAAAUAAGUUUGAUACUGGGUUUUUCGAUAUUUUAGUUAAAUCUUACGAAAAUGGUAAAGUUAGUACUAGAUUUGCUAGUUUAAAAGAAGGUCAAUCGGUUAAAUUUAGAGGUCCAGUUGGUAGAUUAGAUUAUAAACCAAAUAUGGCUAAAGAAAUUGGUUUAAUUGCUGGUGGUUCCGGUAUUACUCCAAUCUUACAAGUUAUAACUGAAAUUAUUACCACUCCCGAAGAUAAUACUAAAAUUUCUUUAAUUUUUGCUAAUGAAACUCUUAAUGAUAUUUUAUUGAAAAAUGAAAUUGAUGAAUUAGCUAAAAAAUACCCUAAUUUUAAAGUCCAUUAUACUUUAGCUUCUCCUCCUCAAAUUAAUUGGUUAGGCGAUACUGGAUACGUUACCAAAGAAAUGAUUUCGGAACAUUUACCUAAACCUGACCCUGAAAAUAGAUUAUUCAUUUGUGGCCCUCCAGAAAUGAAAAAAUUACUUAUUCAAUUGACUGAAGAAUUAGGCUGGGAAAAGGCAGUAAUGAAAUCCCAACCCCACGAUCAAGUCUUUUGCUUCUAGUCCAUCUUUAUUGCAUCUUUUUGUUUUAUAGCUUUAAUUAAUAUAGAUUCAUUUUCUUAACAAACGAAGUUUCUAAUCCCUAAAUCCUUCUUGCUGACUAAUUGUAUCGGCUCCUCUGUUUAACUGCAAACAAUACAUUAAGGAGAUCUGUAGUUCCAAUGGGGAAGUACCAAGUAUUGAAUAAGCUUCACAGCUAUUACACCCUAAUCCCGUCAAGAUCGGGUCGGUUUUUGCAAGGUUUUUGUUUUCGUUUUUUUGUUGACAGUUCGCUUACAAGCGGAGAUAUGGCCCAUAGUUAAGCUCGGUCUAAACCUCAUUAGCUAUACCAAGAUGUU